UAUAUCCAAAACACAAAAUAUUAAAACAAACCCAAUAUGGCUUUUCUUUCCUUUCAUUAUUCUCUCUUUCUUCUAAUAAUAACCAUUUUCUCAUCAUCAAAACUAGCCAACGCAGCAAACAACACACAGAAUUUCCACUACUUCUGUGAUUUCAACAACAGAGGUAACUACACAGACAACAGCAUCUACCAUACAAACCUUAAAACACUUUUAUCAUCCCUCACUUCCAACACACAAAUCAACUACGGUUUCUACAAUUUCUCAAACGGCCAAAACACUAACAAAGUAUACGCAAUUGCUCUCUGCAGAGGCGAUGUUAAUAACCAAACCGACUGCCUCAGUUGCCUCAAAGGUUCAAGCAACAAUCUCACACAGCUUUGUCCGAACCAGAAAGAAGCAAUUGGUUGGUACGAAGACGAAAAAUGCAUGCUGCGUUAUUCAGAUCGAUCUAUAUUUCGAUUCUUGGAAACAGGACCUCCUUAUUAUGCACACAACCUGGCUAACGCAACUGAUUUGAGCGUGUUCAAUGAAACUGUGCGCGACCUGCUGGAUAAUUUGACUCAGAGAGCUUCGUCGGGUGAUUCUAGUUUGAAAUAUGCUGCUGAUAGUGCGCGCGGUCCGAAUGAUCAAACUAUAUAUGGUUUGGUUCAGUGUACGCCUGAUUUGUCUGAAUCAGAUUGUAGUUCAUGUUUGGUUCAGUCUAUAGCGCGAAUACCGAUUGAUUGUUGCAAAGAUAAGAUUGGCGGAAGAGUCGUUAGGCCUAGUUGUAACAUGAGAUUUGAAACCAAUUUUCGAUUCUAUGAUCCUACAGCAACGCCGUCACCUCCUCCACCAGUAAAAAGCAAAACUACCACAAUCAUUGCCAUUGUAGUAUCAGUUGUUGCUAUUAUGGUGCUCAUUUUAAUCUUCAUAUAUUUAAGAGCAAGGAAGCGAAGUAAAAGACUUAGAAUUCAAGAAGAAGAAGAAGAAGAAGAAGAAGAUGAUGAUGCUGAUGAAAUUGAAAUUUCGGAGUCAUUGCAAUUCAAGUUAGAUACAAUAAGAUAUGCAACAAAUGACUUUUGUGAUGAAAAUGAACUUGGACAAGGUGGAUUUGGAACUGUCUACAGAGGUACACUCCCCAAUGGACAAGAGAUUGGUGUCAAGAGGUUGUCAAAGGAUUCUGGCCAAGGAGAUUUAGAAUUUAAGAAUGAAGUUGUUUUAUUGGCUAAGCUUCAACACCGAAAUUUAGUCAGACUACUCGGUUUCUGUAUAGAAGGAAGAGAAAGACUGCUUGUAUAUGAAUUUGUUUACAAUAAGAGUCUUGAUUACUUCAUUUUUGAUGAAACCAAGAGAGCGUGUUUAAAGUGGGAAAGGAGGUUUAAAAUCAUUGCAGGUAUUGCUCGAGGAAUUCUUUACCUUCACGAGGAUUCUCGUCUACGCAUUAUCCAUCGUGAUCUCAAAGCAAGCAAUAUUCUCUUAGACGGAGAGAUGAAUCCAAAGAUAGCAGAUUUUGGUAUGGCUAGACUGUUUGCAGUGGACCAAACUCAAGAGAAUACAAAUAGAAUUGUGGGAACCUAUGGAUAUAUGGCACCUGAGUAUGUAAUGCAUGGACAGUUUUCUGUGAAGUCAGACGUAUUCAGUUUUGGCGUAUUGAUUCUUGAGAUUAUAAGUGGUCACAAAAAUAAUGAUGUUCGUCGUGGGGAUACUAAUGAGUAUCUUCUAAGCUUUGUAUGGAGAAACUGGCGAGACGGGUCGCCAACAAAUAUUAUAGAUCCUACAAUAAUCAACGAUUCAGUAAAUGAAGUAUUGAGAUGCAUCCACAUUGGGUUACUUUGUGUUCAAGAAAAUGCAAAUAGCAGACCAACUAUGACUUCUGUUGUACUAAUGCUUAAUAGCCAUUCUUUCAGUCUAUCAAGACCUUCAGAACCUGCAUUUUAUGUAGGUAGUGGAGCUGUAGACUUUCAAGAUAUAAUGGUGCAAUCAUCGGAGCAUAACUCAGGUCAGGAAUCGAUAAAUAAGGUUUCGAUUAUGGAGCCAUAUCCUCGCUAGAUUUUGAUUGUGUAUAGAGUAUAGUCAUAAUAUACUGGUAUACAUGAAUUAAGAACAUAUUUAAGUGGUUGUUUAGAAGAUGUUGUUUGAUAAAAAAGGAAAGUAGGUUUUCUUGUCAAUAAGUAGUUUGUGUGUAUCUAUUUUAUCAGUACUUUGUUUGAAGAAUGUCUUAAGACAAAAGAUUAUGCUAUAUAUGUCAUGCGGAUAAAUAAUGUUGAGAAGAUUAAUACUAUGAAGUCUUUUUUUACUUUCUUUCUUGGUGAGUCUUUAGGAAACUAUAUGUAAAAGUAUUAUUCAUAUGAACGGAACUAACAUUCUAAGAUGAAAAGUCAACAUGACCAAGACAAACAGGUUUAAUAAUUGUAAGUGUUUGACUAUACUAUCAGCAAAGAAUAGAAGAGGAGUAAAUGCUAUGUUACUAAGUUUUCCACAUGAGGGAUCCACUUGUCUCCAAAAACGAAACUACAAGUUAAGAAGAAGUCAAACUAACUUAUAAAGAAAUAAAUAUGGAUAAAUAUAUAGUAAAGAUUACAAUUCUUCUAAUAAAACCGCGCAAGAUUUUUUUGUUUUUUUCUUCCCGUAUGUUGAUGCACAAUGAAUAAAGAUGAUGACAAAGGGAAUGAACAAAAGGAAUAACGCUGCAAAGA